AUGUCGUCCUGGGGCAAAAGCGCUUGGAGUGCCCGCAAGGGCAAAGGUGGCGCCGGGAAGACCAAAGGCAAGGGAGUUGGCGAAAAGAAGGACUACAUGAAAAAGGUUCCGUGGGAGAAUCGGCUAUGCAAGUGGUACCUCCGCCCUUACGUCGAUCAAGCUGGCAGCCCGUUCACAGCCGGCAACCUGCAAGAGUCGGAGCUGCUCUCGUCGUUGCAUCUGCGCAACGUUCUGGGGGAGACCUGUUCCGAGUACUGUGCCCGACAGGGCAUUGCGCUCUCGGAGGGCGCUGCGAACUUCGAGGUCGGCGCCGGCGUGCUGAAGCACCAUUUUAGUGGGGACGCUGGCGCCGGAUUGAGCAAAGUGGGCAUCCAGCCUUUGGUCGACUUGUUCGAGACCGCGGACGGCAAAAAGUUUCUGGAGGCGUGUGCUUACCUCAACACCGCCAACACGGAGCUGGACCGCAACCAGGAGGCAACGGCAACCGCCGUCAAGCGCUUCAUGCGCUCUCUUACUCAGGCCCCCUCGGAGAAGGAAGCGGCAUUCCGCAAAUUGUUGCGCUUCAGUGCGCGGCUGUAUGUGUUUGCGUUUGAGGGCCUGGAAGCACUCACGGCAUUGUCCAGCCCGAAGACGAUGGCCGCUGGUGUGCAUGCAGUGGGCCAGCAAGUGGUGUUGCCGGAGGACUGCGCAGCUUGGCUUCGAGCCCCCGAGGACCAGGAGGCCUUGAUGUGGUCGUUAGUGGCAGCCUUCCACCAACAAAAACUCGGCGCCGGUGGGAAAAAGCGCGCUGCCGCAGCCUACGAUUGGGACGACGAAGAGCCCACGUCAGCACCGGUCUGGGGCAAGCAGUGUGCCGACCUGUACGGCGACGAGGCGGAAGAGGAGGCCGGGAACUCGCGAGCGAAGAAAGCUUCGAAAGGAAAAGGCGGCAAGAAGGGGAAGCCGACAAAGAAGGCUGCUGGGCCGUUGGCCUCGGACGCCGAGGACGGCCUCGUCGACAUUGACCUCGCUUCCUCCGAGGAAGAGGCUCCUCUCCCGGCCAGCUUGGACGUGAGCAAAUGGCCGCUGGACAAAGUCGAGGCAUUGAAGGAGCUCCUCACCGAGCUCGAAAACAAAUUGGGCGGCAAGGACCGCCCGAGCAUUCAGCAGGUGCAAGCGGCCUUGCAAGAAAUCCCGGACACCAUCUUGGCGCACCAGCGCCUGCAGAAGACGGUCGGCGAUUUCCUGCAGAAGACUCGGUACCCCAGAACCGAAAACCUGAAGACUUUCUUGAAAGCGCUGAAGGACAUGGCGGCCGCUGUGGAGGCCGAGUGGAAAAAGUCGUGA